AUGGUCACGGCAUCAUACAUCCGACCCACCUUGCCGCGGCACCUAGCGCUUAAACCUUUUAUACCACGUCGAGACUGGUCGACGCUAAGCCGCAAACCGAAAGCCCCCGAGGAUGAGACUGUAAUGGAAGGCGAGCUGCCUAUUGUGAAUAUGACGGAGCGGGCCGUGCAAAAGAUUCUUUCUGUCUCCGAAGCAGAGAAUGACUCAGAAAUCGCAUUGCGCAUCAUCGUGGAGCCGGGAGGUUGCCACGGUUACGUCUACCACCUGGAGAUUACAUCGGGCUACGAAGAGGACGACUUUGUUUUUGUGGACAAAGGUGCGCGGCUUGUUGUCGACAGCGUCUCCCUCGGGUUAGUUAAGGGCAGUGUUGUGGACUACGUAACGGAGCUCAUCGGAAGCCAGUUUGCCAUUAAAGAUAAUCCGCAGGCGAAAGGGAGUGGCUGCGGAUGCGGUCGCGUUGACGACGACUUGCCGAACCUGCCCAAAGCGCUGAAAGAAAAAUAUAAAAUUUAUGACACGAUCCUUGGUUUUGGAACGUUUGCCGUGGUUAAGGCAUGUGCCAAUAGCUCGACGGGAGAAGAGCUGGCCAUGAAAUUUAUCGCGCGUGAGCCGUUUUUGACGACGCAACACAACAACAAAAACGGUGUGGCGCCGCUGCGGCUAGCGCGGGACGAGAUCCAGAUAUUGGAACGGCUUCGUUCUCCUUAUGUCACGCGAAUCCACGAUGUCUAUGAAUCGGACGACGCCGUGUUUGUCGUGAUGGAUUUAUGUCGGGGGGGCGAGCUCUUUGACAGUAUUGUCGAGCGUGUAUCGUACCAUGACAACGAUGUGUGUAUCAUUAUGCAACAGAUUUUAAAGGGCGUCGCUUAUUUGCACAAGUUCAACAUUGUGCACCGCGACCUGAAGCCCGAAAACAUAUUGCUACGGAAAAAAGACGACAUACGGGAAGUCGCAAUCUCCGACUUUGGCCUGGCUAAGAUUUUGCCUAGUGAAGGACUAUUGCUUACCGCAUGCGGCUCCCCACAGUAUGUCGCGCCCGAAGUGCUGCUCGGCAAAGGGUACAACUCCUCUGUCGACGUUUGGUCCUGCGGCGUUAUUGCCUAUGCGCUGCUUUCGGGGUAUACACCCUUUUAUUCCAGUGAUAUGUCAAGGCUUUUUGAUAAUAUCAUUCACAUGCGUUACGAAUUUCAUCCAGAGUAUUGGAUGGAUGUAAGCGAUUUGGCCAAGGACUUUAUUCGCAAGUGUCUCUGCGACUCGUCGGUCCGCAUGCUCGCCACCGAGGCACUUGCACAUCCUUGGCUUGCGGAAUAUGCUAAUAAUAUGGACCCAGAGAGGCCCCAGUUGAAGCGUGCGCACAAAUCAAUGAGUUCGGAAGUAGACAUGCCUCGCAACUUCGAGGUGUCUAAGCAAGUGAACGGCAUGCAAGAAGUCCAGCGACUACGCGAAAGAUUUGGCACUGCCACGAAGCAGGAACUGGAAAAGUAUGAUGAGUUCAUCGUUCAUUUCAAGUCAGAGCCGUUGCUCGACUGGCAGCAGCCUUUUAUUGAAUACGACGAUAACGGGGGCAAGAAUGAGAAUGACAAGGGCGAAUCAAGCGGAGAAAACAGCACGAAGCGCGCAAAGCGCACCCAGGAGAGCGACAUGCAGCACAAGCAGAUUUACACGAGGCAUUAUAUUCACGAUAAAACCUCGCGUUCUCGCGAUGAGCGUGACCCCGGGUCGGAGGAUGUGUUGAACGGACUCCUCGAGCGUUUCCGCAUCGCACAGCGGCCGGCAGAAUCGCGCGUCGACCCGAGUGUAGAGACAAAGCCGCCACAAAGCUUGACCCUGACCAAAGCUCUCCGGUUGGUCCCCACGAUCCUCAAUCAAGGCCUAUCCAUUGGCAGUGUGAUUGCAUCACACGCCAUUUAUGGACCGCCGAAAAAGUCGUGGGGGGUGGAAAUGUCCAUUUUGACAAGGGCAAUUCGCGAUAUGGUGAAACACUCUGAAUUUGCUACCAUCCCUACUUUGCAAAAAGUAUUUGACCUCGCUCGUUUUUUGCCUGUGCCCGACGAGGGCCUGAUUACGCCUGUCACCUUUCGUGUAAAGCGCCGUGGGCUGCGUGGCAUGCUUGCAGAGGCAGAUGCCGAGCAAGACGGAAAGCAAGAGCUCACAGGCGAGUGGAUUGUGGGGAAACAGACCUGGGGGCGUCUCCAAAAGGAUUGGCAAAGUGGAAAACGCACGGGCAAGGAACGCGUCAUUCUCUACAUUCAUGGAGGUGCCUAUUUUGUCAUGUCUGCUGUGACGCAUCGUCCUCUUACCAUCGCGCUGAGUAAGUACUCCGAGUGCCGUGUGUUUUGCAUCAACUAUCGUUUGGCGCCGGAUACUGUGUUCCCUGGUGCACUCCAUGAUGUGGCUUCUGCAUGGUUCCGCUUGACGGAUGACUUGCAUAUUCCUGCGAACAAUAUCAUUCUCGCUGCGGACAGCGCGGGCGGCGGACUUGCAUUUGCGCUUAUGAUGUACCUGCGCGAUAACAACUAUACAAUGCCGGGCGGUGCGAUUCUCUUCAGCCCGUGGGUAGACCUUACCUUGUCGUGCGAUUCGUGGGAAACCAACAAAGAAUUUGAUUUUUUGCCGCGACCAAAGGACGGCGACCACAUGCAUCCCGUCGCGGCAUACUUGGGCAAGAACUUUGACAAGCUGCUCACACAUCCCUACGUGAGUCCUUUGUUCGGCGACCUGCAUGGGUUGCCUCCGCUUUUGAUCCAGACCGGCGAUGCGGAAGUGCUGCGCGAUGAAAACAUUCUUAUUGCGCACAAAUGCACACUGGCCGGUGUCCCGGUGCGCCACGAGAUUUACGAAGACUGUGUCCAUGUUUUCCAGUUUUUCCUCUUUUUGGACGCGAGCCGCAAGGCGCUGCAAAGUGCGCGUCACUUUUUGCGCACUGCGCUCGACAAGCGGCCCAAGCGACGUGCUUCCUUUGUCUCUGCAGACGCACGGAAACAACUGGAUAUGGAAAUGAGCAAGGGUAUGGAAGUUGAGCAAGAAAGGCCCGCCAGCCAGGGUUCCGACCUGCCGCCUACCAACGACGAGCACAUCACCAUCCACGCCUUCGACCCGUCCGAAGCGGACGAAGAAACGUGGUUGUUGGAAACGAACAGUGACUCGGAUACGGAAGCAAACAACGCUGCGCUCGAAUCGAAGGAGGGAAGUGCGCCAGGGAACCAUACACAAGCGGGAACAAAGUAG